CUCACUGUCAGCACAGAGCAGAAACCAGUGGAGAAGUCGACUAGUAGCCUAUUCGUGCUUUGAAAUGUAGGCUAUACCUUCAAAACAGUCAGUCUACAUUAUUUGUCAACACCCGCCUCCGUCAUCGCCCGCCUCCGCGUGGCCUCACUUCAGUCUCACCUGUUGGCGCCGACAGCAGCUCUACUCACACUGACCGAGCUGUCAUGUCACCGGGGAGGUAUUGAAUCAAACCAGCUGGAGAUAAAACAAACAGGGGGGGGAAGCGAGACAACGUGCCUGUCAGAGUCUCAGAAAACUUUUAGCGAGCGCGAGGCAACUUCACGCGCUCCAGACUCGAGCUUUCAGAAAGUGAAAGCGCCUCAAAAAAAAAAAAAAAGUUCGCUGAAGUGACGUUUCUCUCGUUUUUUUCCGCGUUUCCCCCUCUGUCAUUUUUCUCCGGCUGUACUAUGUUGUGACCUGGAGGAGCCACAGCUGUUAUCCUUAAGGCUGGAGCACGUUUUUCAGAAAUGCCCCAACACAACAUGGAGAGCACCAGGAGUCAGUGGCAGCAGGGUCCGAGGCCGCCGUGGAUUACCAGAGUGGCCGGCGGUCAGAGCCCCGCCUCCUCGGGGGCGGAGUCAGAUACAGAGAGUAGCAGCACAGAGAGUGAGAGGUCCUGCGUUAAAAAGCUGGAGGGGGGCUCACUGAGGAUCCUUCAUUCACCAUCUUUGGUCCAACGACGAAUCACAGAGAUCGACCAACACAAGGAGGAACUAAAGAUCGAGCUGCAGCUGGAGAUCGCUCUGCUGCAGGGAGAGCUGCAGAUGGAGAAGAACCAGCUGCACAGACACACACAGAAGCUGCAGACUCUACAGCAGGACGCCACACAGAGAGAGGAGCACAGGCAGAAGGACAGACAGAAGGACAGACAGAAGCAGGAGCGAGUGAGGCUAGAGGAGGAAAGAAGCAGGGUGGAGGAACUCAAGAGGAGGUGUGAGGAGAAGGAGAAACUGAUCCCGGGUCAGCCUGAGAGCCAGAGAGAACAGCUGACGCAGGUAAGUGGUCAGGAGAAAGAGGCGAUGGAAGCAGCAGCCCGGGCCUUUGAGGACUGGGAGUUUCGUGUUCUGGAGCAGGAGAGCGGCAUUGAGGAGGACGAGAACUCGACGGACAAAGAGAAGGAGAGAGAGAGUGAAGAGGAGGCGGAGAAGGAGAUCUCCUGUCAGCAGCAGGCAGUCAACAAAGCACAGGAGCGAGUCCAGCAUUUGGAGAGGCAGCUGAAGGAGAUGGAGAGGCAGAAGGAGAGGGAGCUGAACGCCCUGAGGAAAGAGAAGAGAGAACUCGUCCACACAACUCAGACAGUUCUCAGAGAGAAGAAGCCGCUCACUGAUUGGUCGAACGUCACCGGCUCUGCCCCCUGCAUGAUGUCACUCUCCCCUCUGACGGUUCACAAGCCUCCUCAGGACCAUGGCAAAGAAUCUGCCAGUUUGCCCAGAAGACGGAGCUCGAAUCGAAACCGACCAAACGACCGACCGCUCUCAGUACAGGGGUUGGUGAGGACGCUUCCAGACAGCCCACAGGCUUUCAAGUCCCCCAAUCCCUCCCACAGGCUCAGCAACGGGCACAGCAGCGUAUACAGACCUGGGACCAGCAACGGUGGAGGGCUCAUCACUCCCUGCAACAGUACGACAAGCUCCCGUGCUGCCAGCCCGUCUCUGUUCGAUCUGGUGGAGAUCGAGAAGAAACUGAGAGAAGCCAAAGCCGAGAAAGAGAGGCUGCUCAGAGAGCGGGAAGAGCGAAAGCGGGUGUUGUUGGACGAGAGAAGGCAAAGAGAAUUAAACUCUCCCAGAAAAGAGCCAGUCGAGGCUGAGACCCCACACAGUCCAGAGCCACAACCAAAGGAGGAACCAAAGGCCAGUUCUCCCCUGAAGUCCCCAGAGCAGCGCAGCCUGCCUCUCUUCCUCUCCCCUAACUUCGACCUGCGGUCACACCUGGAGUCUCUGGGUCACGGAGUAGCCGCCUGCACAGACCUUCGGCUGACGCCUCGACGCUGUGCGGGCUUCCUGACCAAACGAGGGGGGAGGGUGAAGACCUGGAAGAAAAGGUGGUUCCUGUUUGACAUGGACCACAGACGACUAGCUUACUAUACAGAGUGUGAUGAGAGGAAGCUAAAGGGAGUCAUUUACUUUCAGGCCAUAGAAGAAGUUUACUACGACCAUCUACGAACAGCCACUUCUUCUCCUCGGCCCACUCUUACAUUCUGUGUGAAGACGUACGACCGUCUUUUCUUUCUGGUGGCUUCCAAUGCAGUAUCCAUGCGGAUUUGGAUGGAUGUCAUCGUCACGGCAACAGAUGAGCACAGUCGAUAUUGACCUCCGGGCUUGUGUGACUGUUCAGUCCUUGAGGAAAAGCUACUGAGACAUUCUAGUAAUUCUGUCGCCCUGUGUGAGGGGCAGGUGUGGCUGAGAAAACACCUCAGGGACUCGUUCUCUACCUGGACUCAGGAAUGUGGGUUUCGUGUGGGAGACUUCAACGGAGGUGCUCUGGUUCCUGGGACUCGGACACAGCAGAGGAAAUCGUUACUGAAGGGAGUGACGCUUUAGUGGAGACGAGGUUCUACUGGAUGCCUGUUACCGGGAGGUCUGAUUCACUCUUUGAGUCUGACCUCCCCCUGCUGGUCAGAGUCCGCCAUUACAGCGUGUAAUGAUAUUACACGAUGUGAAAGCCUGACUCGUGUGGACUUCACUAUAGCUCACUGUGCAGGGAUUAAAGUUCGUCAAUUUGAUAAUUGGAUUGAUGUUUUCAUCAGUGUCUAUCCGGCGGGACAAAAUAAAUCAAAGGGAGCAGAGUGUCAUAACGUUGCCUGCAAAUCGCAGUUUUUACUGUCAGCCAGCUCCUUCACGUGAAUCCUGUAGCAUAGGUGUAAGUUUUCAAUUUCUGUUGAUGUCGAUGUGCCAAUCAGAUCCUUCAUCUCGUCUUCAACGUGACGCCCGCUGGAAGACACCUUCUGCCCUCGGUAAAGAAAAAAGCUUUAUUGCCGUAGCAAACAUUAACGUGCACUGCUCGCUUAAUGUUUGGAGGCUACACCAUGACAGCACGUAGUUUGUGAAUCACAGGUGAAUCACAGGUGAACGAUUGCUCGUGACUUGAUAAGAGUUUGCCGGCGGACACGUUUAAGGAGCACUACCUGCCGCCAGAGUAAAUAAGAGCUUCUAGAAACACGGAUGUGUGUAGACGUCCUCACAACAGGUGUUACACCUGAGUGUCAACAGAAACAGCGUGAAAUAACCCACGGUUACGCUAGUCCGUUUAAACCCACCGUGCUGACAUUAAAGAUACGAGAUGAACUAUCAUUAGCUUCCUUUUGGCGUGUUUUCAACUCUGUGGUGUAAGGUAACUAAGCACAUUAACUCAAGUACUGUCCUUAAGUACUUUUGCAGGUACGUUUACUGAGGGGGGAUUUCUAUUUUCUGCCUCUUAUAAUUAACUUCUACUGAAGUCUAUUUCUAGUCUAUUCUCAGAGGCACAUAUUGUUGCUUGUUACUACACUAGAUUUCUUAUGAAAGCUGUAGUAACUAAAUACUUAUCAGAAUAACGACACUAAAUAAUUUAUAGAAGAUAUUUAGAUUUUCUACACAACAGGAAGUUCAUACCAAGUAAUCCAUUGAACAGGAGGCGUUCAAUGAGCGCUGAUGUACAGUACAACAUCACAAGUGCUCUUCACUUUGUAUCACUCUGAAUUUAGCCUACUUUAUGAUACAACAAACAGUAUUUUUCUAGGAUAUAAAAAAAAGCAUUUACCUCAGACUCGAAGAGGCCAAAAAAGCAACUCAAGGUAUCAACUUUGCAGAGCUGGUUGUGUUAAUAGUGUCAAAUAUUGCAUUUUUGUUUCUAAUUAACGACUAAAUGCUUAAUGUAGAACUGUUGGAUUAAACUAAUAUCACAUGAGAGGGGAGCGCUGUUACAAGUAUUAAUAUCUGCGUGGUAUAUCUGUGUUUAUUACUGAAUCACAGCAGGGCUGAUAUUCACAACAACAGCACUCCCUCUUGUGUGAUAUUUCUUUUUUUAUGUGACCAACUUUUAAUUUAUUUUUAACAAAAAGCAGGUGUACAUUAUCUUGUAAAUUUAGUAGAAGCAAUUCAUUGCUCUGUAAAAGUAUACACAUAAGAGAAACGACAAACCUGCACAUAUACAGUACUUUUCUUUUUUACCCACAACCCUCCCCUCUUGUGUGAUAUUUCUGGAGUAAAUGAGACUUAAUUUGUAGUCUGGGGAAAUUCACAAGCUCAGUAGGAUGAUGUUGAGUUACAAAAUAUUGAAUAUAUGUAAACAAGCUCCUCCAUUACCAGCUGCAACAUUGAAACAAUGAUUAUUGCUUUAAUAAUUACAGAAAUACAAUUUGACAUAUUGUAUUCUGGAGAUGGCCUCCUGCAUAAAGAGUCAUUCUUCUUUUGCUACAUCAAAGCACCAUUUGAUGCUUUUACUUUGAACUUUUAAUUAAAGCUCAUGUGAAACUCUCAGCUUUCGUCGAUGUUGGCGACCUCGGAGUGGCACCUUUUAUCUCUUUGCUGGUCUUUUGUUGUUCAUGUGUAAGUAGUGUACUUAAAAAUCUCGUGCUGCUGUUCUUUAAGAGUCCAAAUAUAACUUACACUGUGAAUCUCUGCUGAGGAAAAUGUAAACAGGGUCUGUCCCUGCAGCUCGCGUUUGGUGUCCUCGUCUGACACCUACCCUGCGACACUUUGUGUGGGCAUUAAAAGUAGAGAUAAUCAGUGUGUUCUCUGAUGGUCUAGUUUACUUUUUUAGAUGAUCUGCAGGCUUCAGUAUUGAUAUCGGUCUUUUCUACAACUGAACUUUAAUACUGUUGACCUUUACAACCACAGAUAUGUUGAAAGCCGCCAUGAGGUCGACUCUGUUUCCCCACAAUUUAAGACUAAUUUCAUAUUUAGAAAAACAUUCUUUGAAACAAGCUCCUCUUUUCAAAUGUGAUGUUUGCUUUAAUCCCUGCACACAGCGACGGGGGAUGGACAUCAUAGCAGCAACACUUGUUCAAUAUAAUGAAAUCAAAUCCUCAGUCCAGUGAUUGACAUCCUAUAUGAGACGCUCACAGAGCUCUGGGUAACUAUUUGUAUUUGGUUGCUUUACAUUGUCUCCUGUUUCCACUGUUAUGUCCAUACUCUCAUUUUUACUAUAACAUAAAUUUAAUUUUCAUGAAAUAAGUUAUAUGGGUUGGUUUGAUAUGCAAAUAAAUGAAGGCAUACACUGUGUUGAACGCACUAUUAAAUUUUUAUUCAAAAAGUA